UUUUCCACUAAAGUUGGGUUUUUUUUUUCUGGGUUUUGUUCAAAUUUCUUGCCGAAUCGAAGGGCGAACAGCAAAAUAUCAUUUUUUUUGGGGAGAAUUAUUGGUCUUGCUUAUUUCGAUUCUCACGGAGCGUUAUCUCUUGUAAAAAUUGCCCCUUUGAUGACCCUUUUGCCCAGAAGUUGGUUUUCUUCUUGUGAUUGACUUAAUUAAUUGAUUGAAGAAAUAAUCUGCUGAUGGAUAUACCGAAAGAAACCGAGCCUCGUGGUUGGGGGAUUCUCUCUGGAACUAGCCGCCACCGGGAUGCUACUUUGUUCUCGAGCUCACUACCCGUCCUUCCCCAUGAAAAAUUGCAAUUGAACGAUGGUUUCCCGAUGGUGGAUGAUAAUGAUCCUGCAGUUGGCUCAGAUAAGUUUCAUGAAAGUGCCGAUGACAUGCUGGGGGAUACUGAACUUCAUGCCAUUGGCAACCUGCUUCCUGAUGAUGAAGAUGACCUUUUGGCUGGGAUAAUGGAUGAUUUAGACCUGAGUGAGUUGCCCAGUACGUUGGAUGAUGUCGAUGAUUAUGAUCUUUUCGGUAGCGGAGGUGGGAUGGAAUUGGAGGGUGAUGCACUAGAAAAUUUGGCCAUUGGUAUGCCGAAAAUACCGAUUUCGAGGAGCCUCGGUGGAAAUGGGAUGCAGCAUUACAGUCUUCAAAACGGUGUGGGAACGGUUGCUGGUGAGCAUCCGUACGGUGAGCAUCCCUCGAGAACGUUGUUUGUCCGGAAUAUUAACAGCAAUGUCGAGGACUCCGAGCUCAAAUCUCUCUUCGAGCAAUAUGGCGACAUCAGGACCCUGUAUACUGCUUGUAAGCAUAGGGGCUUUGUCAUGAUAUCUUACUAUGAUAUCCGUGCUGCUCGAACAGCUAUGCGGGCAUUACAAAACAAGCCUCUGCGAAGGAGAAAACUCGAUAUUCACUUCUCAAUUCCUAAGGACAAUCCAUCUGAAAAAGAUAUGAAUCAGGGGACAUUGGUUGUUUUUAACCUGGAUCCUUCAGUGUCAAAUGAUGACCUUCAUCGAAUUUUCGGUGCUCAUGGCGAGAUCAAAGAGAUAAGAGAAACACCGCGUAAGAGGCAUCACAAAUUCAUCGAGUUUUACGACGUUAGAGCUGCCGAGGCGGCACUCAAGGCAUUAAACAGGUGUGAGAUUGCGGGAAAACGCAUAAAAGUCGAACCCAGUCGCCCUGGAGGAGCUCGUCGAAACUUGAUGUUGCAAAUUAACCAAGACCUUGAACAUGAUGAUUUGUAUGGUUACCGACAUCUGGUUGGCUCUCCCAUUGCAAAUUCUCCUCCAGGUAACUGGUUACAAUUGAACAGUCCUGUUGAAUGCAGUCCGCUUCAAACCGUGCUGAGCAAAUCACCGGUAUUUGGGACCAUAAGUCCUACAAGGAGCAGCCACUUGUCUGGAUUGGCUUCGGUCCUAAAUUCACAAGGGCCAAGCUCGAAGCUUGCUCCUAUUGGCCGGGAGCAAGGGAAGUUUGGUCAUAUUGGGAGCAACGUGUUCCAACAGUCCCAUUUGUUUCAAGACCCGAAGUUGGAUCAGUACACUGGAAAUGUUUCGUCUGCUGGCUCUUCAACGUCAAAUGGGGGUGGUAUCGAAACAUUAUCUGGGUCAGAAUUUCUGUGGGGAAGCCCUAACUCACACUCUGAACUUUCAAAUUCCUCAGUAUGGUCAAAAUCUUCUAUAGGGAAUCCAUUCUCUGACAGUAAAGGUCAUGGCUUUCCAUACUCAUCUCAACUAGAAUGGUCUGUUGCAUCUCCGCAUCAGCAUCACAGCCAUUGUCUCCAUGUCGGGUCUGCACCAUCUGGUGUUCCUCUGGAAAAGCAUUUUGGAUUCUUUCCAGAGACUUCGAGAGAUACUUUGUUCAUGAACACCGUUGGUUAUCAAGGAACUGGAAACGUGGGUCUUAACGGUGUAAGUUUCCCGUCUAAACUGGCAAAUCACGGGAUUGUGAACCCAAGAAGCAUGGCCGAUAAUGGGUUUUCGAGUUACAGAAUGAUUUCGUCUCCAAGACCAAGUCCUGUCCUGUUAAGCAGUAGUGGUCUUCACCCUGGAAGGUUCCCCACAGGCUUUGAGGGCUUCUCUGAAAACGGAAGGCCGAGAAGAACUGAGAGUAAUGGCAGCCAGGUAGAAAGCAGGAAGCAAUUUCAACUUGAUUUGGAGAAAAUUAUUCGCGGAGAGGAUACUCGGACUACCUUGAUGAUAAAAAACAUCCCGAAUAAAUACACAUCAAAGAUGUUGCUUGCAGCUAUCGACGAAAAGAACAAAGGAACUUACGACUUCCUUUAUUUGCCAAUAGAUUUUAAGAACAAAUGCAACGUGGGCUAUGCUUUCAUCAACAUGCUCUCUCCAAAUCUCAUUAUCCCAUUCUAUGAGGGUUUUAACGGGAAGAAAUGGGAGAAGUUUAACAGUGAGAAAGUAGCUUCGUUGGCAUACGCUCGGAUACAGGGGAAAACUGCCCUGAUAGCUCACUUUCAGAACUCGAGCUUGAUGAAUGAAGACAUGCGUUGUCGUCCCAUUAUCUUCGAUAUCCCUAACGGUUCAGAGUCUAACGAACAGGGAGAUUCCCUCAUCUCUCAGACCAAAGACACUGUUGAUGAUGAGAGAGACGAGAGCUAACAUUAGAGAAGAACACCGGCUGAAACAUUCUGUGUUCUUUCUGUCCUGUUUUUUUUUCCCUCUUGUUCCUGGUCCAAACGUAUACAUGGAGGGCCAGAACUUUGAGUUUUUAUUAGUAUCAAGCUGCAGCAAAACGGUCUGAAAGCACCCAGUUUUUGUUGGGUGUGUUAUGUUUCAUUCUAUGUUGUAGCUCUUUCGUGACUUUGUGCAAAAAUGCCCUUUGCAAUUUGUACAGUUGAGUUAACAAAAAAGUCUCAGCCUCUACCUUUCUUUU